AUGGACGUCGGCGUCUAUGAUCCAAAGGCGCAGGUGAAGGCCGUGGCGGCGGAGUUGAAAGCAGUGAACACCACCCGGCUCCUCGAGGCAGUCGAUGUGAUGUCCACCUCCCUAGUAAUGGGCUUAGAGGGAUAUUUACGCAAAUUCGACUCUGCAACCGCCAUCCCACUCCUUGCCGACGUGUGCGAGACGUUCAUUAGGGAGGCUGCGCAGGGCGACCUCCUCGUCAUGGCACUGCGUGCCCUUUCCCUCAUCAUGGAGCACGUUCCAUCUUCCUACGAGGCAGCACAGGGAUUCCACGUCUCUCUCAUGCAGCUGGCAUCGCAGGCGAUUCACCGCGCGCUCUGCGCGGAGUGGAAGUUUGUGCUGUCGAACAACGCCUUGAUGAUUGAGGAAGGUCUGCGCGUCAUGCGGUUCGUCAGCAAGGACGACAUGACUGGCGAGAUAAUCCACCACGCCUUCGUCGGCGACUUGCUCACACUGUGCACGGACCCACAUCCGCUGGUGGCACGGCAGGCACUGGAAACGCUGUUGAUGAUGAGCUCCAAGGUGGUGAUGCCGUCAGAGCUCGAGAAGCGGACCCAUUCCUUCGCCGCCGGCAUCUUUUCAUUCUUCAAGUCAAAGAAGAAGUCGUCGCGCACCGGCAGCGACACUGGCAAGGCUGGCCAUAGGUCCGGCUCUAGCGGAAGCUCGUCGACGAAGGCGGCCGCGACCGAGGACAUUGUGCCAUACGCGGAUCACCCCACAGUGUCGCAGGUUGAGAAUGUUAUCCUGCCUCUGCUCGUGUCCCUGAUAGAGCACUACGCCAAGUCAUUCACGUCGAUUCCUGAGCACUGGACCCUGCUAGAGCUGUCGCUGCAGUGUCUCGGCACGCUCAUUGAGCGAGCGCUGAUUUGCCACCGACCGCAUACAGCCCGUGCGCUUGCCUCGGCCCUGCUUCCCAAGAUCUUGUUCCAGCUCAUCCUCGACACGGAGUCGAACGUGACUCUGGAGCCCAGCGUUCGCGUCGACCGCGUCCUCCUAUGCGAGACGACCUUGACGCUGUUGACGUACUGCCACCGCUACCUGGUUCUCGAGAGCCUGCAGCUGCCGGAGGCGCGCCGCUUCUUCCGGCUCAUCCUGGAGGACUCGACAGAGGAGAUUACCAGCUUUCUCGAUGACCCUUUCCCGCGCGCUGUCAUCGCCACCCGCAGCACGCAGCGGCGCGACAAGGAUCACAUCACCUCCAUUGCUGCCCUGCAGCUCUUCGUACUAGCCUGCCCGACCGUGCCUCCGAACGCCUUUGGCAUGAAGCCUAAGUUGGUGCUCCCAGUGCACCAGUGGAUGUGGGAGGAUGAACUGCGCCACAACAACCGCCUGAUGGAGGAGCAGUGCUUGUCCCUCGAGCGGAACUGGACGCGACUUGAUCACCACGCCCGCAUCUCUGUCCACUUGAAGCAGCUGAAUGUGAACUUGCACACUAUGACAAUGUCCAAGGCUGCCAGCGGAGGGCACCGCAACAUCAGCCGCGCCUACGUCCCGUUUGUGUAUCACUUCGCAGACGAGGCGACAUUGCGGCCCAUCGUUGCCGUUAAGGAGGCUGGGCCGUGCGCGGAGGACGGCACAAUGCUCGCGUGGAAGCCGACUGCGUCGACGACGCACAGCAGCAAAACGACGGCCAGUGGUUUGAUAGCAAAACAAGUGGACGACAACGCGAGCGGCUCGAGCUCGGCGAAGCGGAGUCGCCGCAAAUGCCUCAGCACAUCUUCUUUGUCCGAGGGCGAAGUCAUGAACACGAGAGCCUCUGUGCCCUUGACGGUGGUGCUGAACACGCAGGUGGAGGUUCCAGAGGAUCACAUUUCGCUCGCCGAGGAGUACUUUGACUUUCUGUGCGUCUUUGCGAAGAACACAUCGGGGCAGAUGGCGAAGCAGGUGGCCACGUGUGCGUGCGCGUCGAUGCUGCAACUUAUGUUCCUGUCUGGUGCCUCGGCGCGCUUUGUGGGGCUGAUGAGCACGGCGGUACUGCCCAUGUGCGAGAUGUGCCGCGAAGCGCUCAUCUCGGCGGACAAGGCCACCAAGGCGGUUGUUCUGACGAUGAUUGAGUGGAUGCUGUUCCACCCGAUGGCGGAGCCGUGCCAGUUCACAGAGAGCGCACUGCGCUGCGGGCUGCUGAACCAGCUGGAUAUACUGUCCAAGACGACGCUGCUGGUGCACGACAAACCGACGCGGACGGCGACGCUCGUGGAGAAGGCGAAGGCUCUGGUGGGUUGCAUUCUGGAGAAGAUCGAGAACCACCGUGCCGCACACACGGGUGGGGCGGGCAUAAAUGCGGACAGGGGGAGUAAAACUACUCUAGGUGGCGGGUUUCUGUCGACGACGAUGCGGCGUGUGCAGACGGUGCUGGACGAGCUCCGGCUGUGCCACUGUGGGGCCAUCAAGGCCACAGUGGUCGACACCAGCAGCAGCACGAGGACGGCCAUAGCUGCCGACAAAAACAGGAACCCUACGCGGACGAUCAAGGGACGCGUUGAUACACACGAGAGCGCAAUUCGCGAGCUGCUGCGCAUCUUCCACGAGUCGAUCGACAUCACCCCCUUCGAGGUCUUCACCGCCGACGUGGCAUCAACGCUGCUGUACUACCUUCUCGGUGACCGGACGCUGGAGGACAUGCUGGGUGACACAUUGGUGUUUGCCUCCGGUGCCUCCGCCUCCACCUCGAGGCGCGAAACUGUUGGGCUUCCAGAGUUGCACACGGGACCGAUCGACCGAGACACGUCGUCGUGGACGGCCAUGAUGGCAAGCGGUAUGCAUGUCGCCGACAUCCUUGCCAUGUACGUGGUUGAAAAGCGCUUGCGGUGCUUCAUCCAGUGCGCGGUGGCGUACCCUAUUGGCAUGCGCCGGCUUGUGCACACUCUGACGGCGAACCUGUCUUUGCAAAGCUAUCUCCCGCUUGUCGAGUCGGUAGUGACCUACGACAAGGUGGUAUGCAAGACCCCUCUACAGGCAUAUCACGCGCUAAGCGUAAUCUCGCCAUUGAUCGCACUUUGUGGCGAUGCCGGCCGGCGCAUCUCCGCCGCGAUCAAGACCUCGACAGACGACGACGCCAUGCUGCCGCCUCGUACCAGCUCCUCUGCAACGGUGUCCGGCGACUCCCCGGCGCUUGCUGCAUCGUCCUCAAACGGGACGGGGACGAAGCAGCGCAAGACAAACUUGCUGGCGUCCUCCUUUGCACGUAGCCGGGCUGGGUCGUCGCGGGCGAACGACUCGGCCAAGGCCGCUCACGUGGCAAAGGAGUGCUGUAUGGCGGGCCACCGCCUGCACGACAUGGAGCACUACCCGCAGCUGCGCCGAUGCGAUAAGUGCAACCGCACUAUCUCCAGCGGUCGAAGCUGCAACACGUGCAACUACGAAGUAUGCGAGAACUGCUACGCGGGCUACACGGGUAAUUUGGAGUUGGUUCGGUCACUUUCCACGAUGGAGCGGAACCGCGUACACCUCUGCGCCACUAUCGGCGAUCUAGAGCGGUGGUUCCGCACCGGCUCCACGUCAACUAAGGGCACUGAGUCGGCCCCUACGUCACAGUCGUCGCUUCAUCAUCUCGAGCGGUUCACGACGCGUGUGCUCACCUUCUUGAAACGGUAUACGGCGGUGGACUCGUCUGCGGUCUCAAUCAUCCCAUACGCCAGCGGUGCAACAGCGUCAAACUUCCUCGCUUAUGCGAACCCGGCCGCACGCAGCAAUCUUCCUGUGGAGCUUGCGGAGAAACUGCUAAGUCACCCCAGCGUCGUACGGCGCUUGACGUACAAGUACCUCUCGCGGUUUUCGACGCGCGGGGCGCUGAUGGACGAAGGCACGCCGAUAGCGCCGGAAAUCGCGGCCUCCCUUGAUUUCGAGGUGCAGACGGUGCUGGGCACCGCCGCGGAGAGGCAGGCAGCUGAGAGUAUGGUGCAGGAGGCUGUGGAGGAGCGCUACAUCUUGUAUCGCACCUCAUGCGGUAUGCUUCCGUUCCAGGAGACUGUGCUGAGCACGCUUUACCGACGCGCCUUUGCCCUCGGCGAUCGUCAAGUGCUCCUGCAACUAGAGAACUGUCUGCUGCGGGCUGACAACGCCGUGGAUGAGCCGCUGACGCUGCAGGCGAACAGCUCCGUGACAGUCGCAAACCCAGCUGCCCUGUCCAGUCGAUUCAGCGCUAACGUGAAGGGUACCAAGAAGGCCAAGUCACUCAAGUCACCGCUUGCAGUGGCCGCAGCCUGCUCGUCCAGCUCCGCGGCUUCGACCGCGGCAGCGGAGCCGGUCAUGACCUCCGUGGAGAAGUCCGCGGAGGCGCGCGAGUUCGAUGGCCACCGCGUCGGACUGGACCAGACCUACCUCUUCCACCACUUCGAGAGUGACUCGGCGACGCACUGCGCGUGCGGUGCGCACUCCCGCGCAGAGUUUCACACGGAGGAGCCGCCGGCGCUCACUUUCACGGCACCCGCCUUUGCCCACCGGGCCGAUAUGCUGCUGCUCAUCAUCCUUCACCGCGCUCUCUUUGAGGAGACCCAUGGGCUGAUCGCCUAUGCCAGGGAGGCGACGGUUAUUUUUGGCAUGGAUGACAGCAUCUUCCAGAACAACACAAUCAUCACCGCUCUGGUGCGCUCGCUGGAAGCGUCGGCGCUGCGCGUGAGCUUGCUACCGCCGCGCUACGCGCUGCCGCGGUGGGUGAACUUUCUGCUGCGUGAGGGGCGCUUCCUCAUCCCGCUGCCGGUGCGGGAGCGUGCGUCGCGCUUCUUGGCCUACGGUGCACGACGCGCCUUCAUCCAGCACAUGCGCGUCUUCCGUAGUCAGCGCAACGACAGGGCUCUCUUGAUUGUGCCAGGUGAGUGGGCGAAGUUGUCGAACCACAAGUUCGCCGUCAGCCGCGACGCGUUUGCGUGUGAUGCCUACGCGAUACUGCGCAAGUGCUGCGACGCGCGGUUCCCCAUCUCGUUCGAGUUCAAAGGCGACGUCGGCGUCGGCCAGGGGCCCACGGCGCAGUUCUACACUCUGCUGGCGGCUGAGGCGAGCAAGUGUUCUACGAAGCUAUGGCGCGAUAGCGACGACAAGGCUAACGGCAGCAGCAGCAACACUGCAGCUGUGUCGAAUUCGUCCACAGGGAUCGUGAUGGCAGCUGGCCCGCUGAUAGUUGGUCCGCCACCGAAAUCGCUGCCGCCGCGCCGCAGCAGCAUCACCCCCAUAACCUCUCCAGCUCGCUUUGGCACCCCCCGCCCUGGCUCCUUCACCAACGGUGCCGGCGGCACCGUGAGCACACCGCGCUUGGGCUCGAUCCCUACCCAGUCCUCCUUGCGCAAUUUUGUGCGCGCAGACUCGGCGCAUCUUACGAUACCCAGCGCGACCCUCAGCCCGAGUCUGUCCAUAACGACUGCUGCGGAGGCCGACGCAGUUCUCGUUCCACCUCCGGAAGGCUUUUAUCCGCGCCACAUGGAUGGGGUGCGGCGCUACCUCGAAGACAUCGACAGUUUUCCCGCGACGCCUCUACUGGGUUGCAGCCACAGUCACGCCAUGCACGACGACAGCGCCGCCCAUGCCUUGAGCCAAAGCGCCAGUGAAUACUUCGGCUCGACGGCGACCCGAAAAGGUUCCGCCGUCACCGACGUCUCCACUGCGGGGGCUGGUGGCCAUGGCACGAACAGCAACAGCCGCACUGCCUCUGCGGUGCAGUAUGACCUCAGCAAGGCGGCUUUUUUGGUGGACACAAACGUUGGUUUGAUGAGGGACUAUGUCCUGGAACAGCGGGAGCGCGCCAAGGCCUACUACGUCAUCGGCGCUGCACUCGGCCGCGCCUUCGUCGAUGAGCAGGUGUUCCCGCUUCCACUGUCACGGGCGGUGGCCUACUUCAUUCGUCGUGGCGUGCCGGCCUACCAGUGCGUUGUCUCCGACGUGACGUACAUUGACCCGCCGCCAGAGUUCCCGAUCGACCUGUUCGAGUUACCGUUGACAGCGGCAAGCUGGGUGGACCAGGGCAUCGCAGAGAGCUUAGCAUGCUUGUCUACCAUGGAUAGCUCCACCCUCUCUGCGCUCGACCUGCGUUUCACCCUCCCGGGGGACGACAGCUUCGAGCUUUGCCCUGGUGGGGCACAGAUCACGGUGACCAAAAAGAACCUGCGCCUGUAUCAGCGCCGCGUUGUUGGGGCGCUGCUGUACGAGUCCGUGGCGGUGCCGUUGUACUUCUUGACAAUGGGCUGCCAGGACGUUGUGCCGCACGAGGCGCUCACGGUGAUGGACGUGAAGGAGCUGAUUGGCGUGCUUUGUGGCGAGGACAAGAACCCAAGCGACCCGCUGUGGACGACGGAAGAGAUUCGCUCUGUGCUGGUCGGCGACCACGGCUACCGGAACGACUCACCGCAGCUCGAAUUACUGGCGAAGGUGCUUGGACAGCGGCUGACUCCAGCAGAGCAGCGCGAAUUCCUGCUUUUCUGCACCGGUUGCCCCCGGCUACCUAUUGGCGGCAUCCGCGCUCUAGGUGCCAUCACGGUAGUGAGGCGCUCAAACGCGUUUGAGGACGAGCGCACGGAGGCGCUGCAGGGAGAAGUGGCAGCAGCAACGACGAGCAGCAGCGGCGGCGGUGGAACGGUCGACAUGGGGGAGGAGGACGACGGUGGCGGCGGCCUGAUGGGGAGCUUGUACGAUCACACCGCUCAGUCGGAUGUGGAGGACUCGCCGUCUGGCCAGGGUGAGGCACCGCGCCGCAUCUUUUCCUCCGUCUACCCUACGGCGUCAGAGGAGCCAGGUGGCCUGUCGUCAAGCUUUGCCCUCCACUUACCUGAGUCUGAGUGGGCUCUGCCAUCGGUGAAUACAUGCUUUCGGUACUUAAAGCUGCCGCCAUACCCAAGUGAGGAGCUGCUGUACAAGAAGCUAAUGAUGAGCAUCAUGGAAUCGGGCAGCUCCUUUGAGCUUUCGUAG